AUGAAUAAAAUCAAUCAUUGCGGUGUUAAUUCGCUAGUGUAUGGAUAGCUUUUAUAGGUGAAAUUGCACAAGAUGAAACGUACUUAAAUGAUUUUAUUGUUAAGUCCAAAUGAGGUUCGCUUGAUCUAAAUGCUUGAUCCCUAGGGCACGUUCAGCACUUAUUUUGAUCUCACUUAGAUCUCUGACAUUUAAUAAAAGGAGGAAUCUCAAUUAAAGAUUAUCAACUCAAAAGGAGCUUAUAUAAAGUUGUAUUUUCAAAGUGCGUUUUAAUUGAUCACUUUCAGGGAGGGAUUAGAUUAUCUGAUUAAGGAAGCAAACAGAAUCCAAAAACAACUUGAUAGUUAUAAUUAAAUUUGGAGCAGUGCUCUCAAGUUGAUCACACAAUCCGAUAUAGAUAUGGAUAAUAAACUCAAUUUUAAGGAGUUUCAGUUCUUGAUAGGUGAAUUGCAAAUUGAGAUUCCAGAGAGAAAACUAAUACAGGUCUUUGAGAAAAAUCAAAAGAAUAAUCAAUUAGAUGAAGCAACCUUAUAUAAAUUAUUGAUGGAUAUAACACGCAGACAUGAAUUAAAAGAAUUAUAUUAGAAAUAUAGCAGCAAACAGGAAGGAAUGUUUGAAGAUCCACUCUAAGCAAUGUUGAUGACAGAUAAGGACUUGUAAUAGUUUUACAAAAUUGAACAAGGCUAAGCUGAUUAUCAACCCAAAAGAAAAUUAUACAAUUUUUAUGAUUUUUAGAAUAUCAUAUUUAAUGAUGAGAACUCAAUAUUUCAACCAAAACCGUUAGAUUAAUCCUAGCCAAUUACUAAAUACUUAAUAAAUUCAUCGCAUAAUACCUAUUUGGAGAGAAAUUAAUUGACUGGGGAAUCAAGUUGUUUUGCAUAUUAAGACGCCUUCAAGAUGGGGUUUAAAUGUGUUGAAUUGGAUUGCUGGGAUGGUGAGAAUGGAGAACCAAAGGUUACUCAUGGACAUACCUUGGUUAAUGAUAUCAAAUUCAAAGAUGUCAUUAUUACGGUUAGAGACUUCGCUUUCUAUAAAGAUGAUAAUCCUGCCAUUUUAUCUCUUGAAAUGCAUUGUUGUUUAAAAUAAUAAAAGAGAAUAGCAGAAAUUUUAUAAAGCAUUCUUGGAGAUAUGUUGUUUGUCAUUAAAGAUUAUAAAUAAGAGAAGAUGUCUACUUUACAAUAAUUAUAAAGGAAGGUUUUAGUUAAAUAUAAGGCAGACGAUCAAUUUUUAUAAGAGAAACUAUAAUUACAUUCAUCCACAUUAUUCUUUGCAUAAUCACAUGAUGAUAUGUAAUAUAAAUCUUAAGAGUUUGAUGAUCAUAAACAUUAAGCAAAUAUCAAGCAAUUCAGUCAAACUCUGGAUGAACAUCAUACUAAAAUAUGUAGAGAAUUAUUGGAAAUUACUUCAUUAUAUGCAGUAACAUUAAAGUUAGAUAAAAAGCCAGAAUUAGUUUGGAUUGUAUCUAGUGUUUCAGAAGAUAAAAUAUAGGAUAUAAUAAAAAAGAGUCAUGGCAAAUUUUUUGAAUACGUUGAAAAUUACUUUGUUAGGAUUUAUCCCUUAGGAUUGAGAUUUGAUUCAAGCAAUUAUGAUCCAUUCCCAUCUUGGUCAGCUGGGGCUUAAAUGGUUGCUUUGAAUAUUCAAACAAAAGAUUUAUUUAUGUUGUAGAAUUACGGAAUGUUUCUUAACAGUUCUUAUGUUUUGAAAUCCAAUUAGGAUGUGAAAAUGAAUAUCUAUGUAAGAAUCAUCAGUGCAACUAAUCUCGUUUGGGAGGAAGAGAAGCGUAGACAAGAAGAGAUUGUUGAUCCCUACAUUAAAAUAAGAGUUGCUGGUAACCACGAUGAUGUCAACAAAUCUGAGAAGUGGAGAACAGAGGUUGUUUAGGAUAAUGGAUUCCAUCCAAUUUUUAAUUAUUAAUGUUCUAUAUAACUCAGACAUGCUUAAUAGGAUGUCAUCUAUUUUUAAGCAUAUAGUUAUUCCAUAUUGGGUGAUUCAUUGUUGGGCCAAUAUUGUUUGUCACCUCUUAAUUUAAGAACAGGUUACAGAAUUGUCCCAUUAUUAAAUUCUCACUUUAAACCAUUAGCUAAUUGUUAUGUAUUAGUGCAGAUCAAAAUUGAAUAUUGA